GUGUUGUUGUGAGGGUCCUCACAGGCACCAGACACAAGGGGCAAUGGAGGCUGCCAGAGCAUCUUAUGGUCAGCUCUGUUCUGUUCUCCUCAGCAGCAACAGCAACCUUGGCCAUCUCAUAUACAAACAGGUGAAUGAAGUUCUUGAUCACAUAGAAUCAGGAGCUCAGACUUCAGUGACUCGUCGUGCGGCAGGAAUUGCAAUGAUGAUGCAGGUCGCCUGUGGGGCAGCACCUCGCACUAAUGUUGAUCUCAUUAAUACAACUGUUUUGAGGCUAAUUCGUAUUAGUCAGUCUGAAUAUGAAGAACAGAACACAGUAGAUGCAUCUCCGGUUCUGGCACUUCACAUGCUACAGUCUCUGGUGUUGCAUGCUCCCUUAGCACACCAUCUGCUUCUCCACCUCCCUGCUAUUACCAGUACCUGUCUGCAGGCCUUCACCAACCACUCAUGGGCACUAAGGAAUGCUGCUCUACAACUGUAUGGGGCUGUAGUGCCAAGGAUGGUUGGACAGAAGAAGGUACGAGAUGAUUCAUCUGUUCUGAACAGUCUAACAGCACCAGAGUUCCUAGCCAGGCACCCAUCUCUGGCCCAGUCCCUGUUGAAGAUGCUCAUGGAACCAGGAGCUUUGGAAGAAGAGACACUCCAAAAUAAGGAGAGUACUGAGAUUAUGGAAAAAAGAAGCAGUUGUAAGAUUUCCAGUGAGCCUGGGGACAGUAUGUCUAUUAAGGUGUCCUCUAGCUUAGUACCUGUGCUCAGCUUGUUAGCAAGAUUGUCACCAGGCACAGGAUUACAACAGAAUGCUGAGGUAAAUGACAUACUCCAGUGUUACCGAACUGAGACAACACGGCUUUUAGAAUCACCCAUACACACUGUGCGCAGAUUAGCCUCUCUGGCUGUUGUUGCCCUUACUCCGUCAGAGGAUGUGUUACAACUAGUUCACAGCCAUGUUGAACUUCUGGAGAGACAAGGUAAAAUAAGUAAUAAUCAAACUCAUGGAAGUCUGCUGACAUUAACGAAUAUCCUGACGAGUUACCCAGACAUCCUAAAUAAUUCUACAGUAAGAGAAAAGAUAACUUUAACAUUAUUAAGCUUGAUUAACUCAGAACACAGAUGUUAUGUUAACACUGUCCUUGCAGUGAGAAUUUGCCAGUUGCUGAAAACAAAUGUUAAUUUGGGGAAAUCUGUGGCAAUUCAUACUGCUCACCAGGAGCAGCAGAGUACUGUCAGCUCCUCAGCAAAAUGAAAAUGAAAGAAGUAACAAGUAAUGAAAUGAGAGAAUGUUUAAUAUCUUGGAUUUUAGAUCAUGAUAUGGAAGAAAUCUGUUUUGAUUAUAUGCAGGAACACGUAGGACAAUAUAAGAAUAGCCCAUGGUUGAAAGAUAUUGAAAAGCUCUUAUGGGAAAAACUGGAACACCAUACCACAGUACGGUGGAGUCCAGUUCUAAACACUCUAUAUUCAAUUAUCAAAGAACAAGGAAAUGUAACCCACACCCCAUCUAAAGAUAGCUUAAAGACCGUUUUGCACUUGCUCAAGGGAUACCAUGGGGUUAAAGUAGCAGCUCAAACACUCAGGGUUGUGUCAUAUCUUUUCAAAUGCAUAAGCUGCAGUCAGUGGCCAAACACUGAGAUCAGAACAGAGAUACUAAGUGCUUUCUCAUCAUUAGUCAGUAAAUAUUCCGCGCCAACCUCUACCGAAGAUUACAGGUUGGCGGCAAGUGAUGCUUUAAGGGUUGCCCUGAGAACAUUGUUAUUUAGUGGGCCUAAAUUACAACCUCUCUACUGUGAACAACUAGUCUAUGCCUGUGUUGAGCUCUUGCAAGAUGAAGAUUCCACCAUCAGAGAUUCUGCUUGUCAUAUAGUGGAGUCUCUUAGGAAAAGCAGGAGUCAGAAUCUGGAAAGAGUUUCCACAGAAAUUAAUGAUUUGUCAUCAGAAACCAUUAAUUUACUUCAUCCAAAUCUCUCUCUAAGGGAAUAUUUUGGACUCUUAGCCUCUUGGAGUGCCAGUAGGAAAGACUGGGCCUUUCUGAGAAUAUUAUGGAGAAUAUCUAGCAACCAACAGCAAAGCCCUGCUAUAUCUAGCAGAGACGGAGAGAGUACUCUUAAGCCCAAGUCGUAUCUCUUUCAGUCACAUACCAUGAAUUUAUAUAAAGAGCCAAAACAUGUAAGUAUUAUCACAUCUGAAUUGUUAUUGAAGGUUCUGAAGGACCACAAAAGCUCAAUACAAUAUGAGGAAUGUGUGUGGCUUACAGAGGAAUGUCAGCAGCUUAACAAACAGGGGGAGAUUCUUCACCAUCAGCUGUCCAGCAGUCCAGUACUAGCCUUACAGAAAGAGUUGCUUGUUGCAGUUAGCACGUAUAUACUCGCUUAUGAGACUUUAUUACAGAUUAGUACGAUUUUUAAUGUUCAACUAGAUCUUGCUUUUCCAAUUUCAUGGAAUUCUAGCAAGUUUUGCACUGUUGAUUUCAAGUGUAAAUAGUGUAAAUAUUUUAAGAGUAAAUUAUACAAUGGGUUGAA